AUGCGAGUUCUGUCCAUACUGUUGUGUGCGUCUCCCCUGUGGGCUCUGCGCAGGGUCCACGAGUCUCUGCAUGGCAGCAGUCCGCCAGAGGAGCGGGCCUCCCCGAGUCCCGAUCCGCACGACCACCUCAGUGCUGAAGGUGCUGCCAUGGCGGCGCACCACGCCCGUGAGCGCGGUGGUAUCCACGAGGAGCGAGCGCGGCACCCCGUGCUCUCGUCGUGCAGCUACGACAAGAGCAGGCUGGUGGUCUGGUGGCGCCAGGGCGUGUUUCAGGACAGGGAGCACAGGGACGUGGAGUACCCUGCCUGUGAC